UGCUUUUUUAAAUCGCAGCCAAAUAUAUAUUUUUUUUUAAAACACAAGAUUUUAAAGGAUAACUUGCGAUUUUAAAGGUUAAACUGCGAUUUUGCCAAACGCUUAACUACAUUUUCAAAAAUUACUUUUUCAAAUCGCACAUUUUUAAAUCGCAAAUCCAAACGAAUCCUUAGGUUGCUUGUUGAUAUAUUUUUUUUGAAAAAGAUAAAAACGGAACCUAAUUUUCUGGUGCAAAAUUAGCCAUAAGAAUUUACCCAAAAUGGAUUGCACCAGCUUUUUGUUGCUCAAAAUUAGAACCCCCCUCCCGAUACGUACGUUCUUCACUCCCCUUCCCUUUAGCAUUGCCUCUCUCUCUCUCUCUCUCUCUGUGUGUGUGUGUGCAGGAAAAUGACUACGUAUGGAACGAUCCCAUCAGAGACCCAAACAUCAUCAAACGAUUCAAACCUGAAGUAUGUUUCACUUGCAAAAGAAAGGAUCAAAGGGGGGCUCUCGACACGAAGACCAUGGAAGGAGAUGAUUCAACCUUUACCUCAUGCUCACAACCUUCCCACCACCUUCAAGCAAUGUUUCCAAAGAAUCAUAACAAACCUUACAUUCUUUCGCAUGAACUACGCCAUUGUCGUAUUGUUCAUUCUCUUCCUCAGCUUGCUCUGGCACCCCGUCUCCCUCAUCGUCUUCAUCGUCAUGAUGUUUGCGUGGCUGUUCCUAUACUUCCUACGCGAUGACCCGUUGGUGGUUUCGGGCUCUGUCAUCGAUGAUCGAACGGUGAUGAUGGCGUUGUCGCUGGUCACCGUCGUCGCGCUAUUUCUUACCAAUGCCAAGGUUAAUAUCAUUGUUGCGCUCGCCGUUGGGCUUGUGGUCGUGGUGGUUCAUGGAGCAUUGAGGGAGACAGACGAUGAUGAUCCGUUCUUUGCGAAUGAAGAAGGGCGUGAAUCGGCUGGUGGAGAUGAUGCCAAAAUGCCUCUCAAAAACGCUGCCUCCUCUUCUUUUACCUUGUCUUAAUGCUUUGUCAUGUGACUCAUGUUGAUGAUGCUCUAAUUUCACAAAAACCCAGGAAUCUUUUAGGGUUUAUUUAUUUAUUUUAUGAUUGAUUAUUGUGGUGUUUAGUAUAUUAAUCCUCCAAAAUGGAGA